GCUUGGUUGGAGCGCAGUUGUGAGGACGGUCGCGGACGCGGACAGAGGGUCGCACAUAUGCUCUCACAGCGCCGGAGCUCAGAGGAUUACAGCCGCAGCAAAGGACCCUCACUGCGCCUUUUGGAGCCAGCAAUUCACUGUGGAUAUACUUACACCAAAGGAAUAUAAAGAGGGGAUUAGCAAAAGGAGGAGCAUCCAUCAUGGAUGGGGUGAAGGUGUAUGUGGUCUUUGUGGGGAUCCUGCUGGGGCUGGUUUCAGUGACCUGUGGACUCCCACCCCCGACCAUCGUGUCCAACCAUGAGGAGUUCAUCCUGCAGCCCAACUCUGUGUUCAACAUCAGCUGCACGGGGAAGCAGACUGUGAUCUGGGCUGAACCCUUACCGGAGAACACCUUCGUGUACCCGGGUUACUACACAGCCACACUCUUUAUUUACAACGCUACAGUCGACAACACCGGAUACUACAUGUGCGCCUACGAGAGCCAGGAGGGGGAACCGGAAGACAACGAGGCGGGGAUUUACGUGUUUGUUCCAGAUCUUCAGGCUCCAUUUGUCCCUGAGACUCCUGAGAACCUGGUCGUCCCCAUGGAUGAUCUCGGAGUCCUCAUCUCCUGCCGCGUGUCCAACCCGAACUCUCAUGUCAUACUGAGGAGUGUCUCCAGCGGAGAGGAGAUGCAGGCCUAUUACGAGAGCAAGGUGGGCUUCUUUGGGAGCGUGUCGCCCGGACAGUACCAGUGUGAGACUGUGGUGAACGGAGAGACCAUCAGGAGUGCUGUUUACACUGUGGAGACUGCGGAGACUUCAGAGGACUUCAGCGUGGAGGUGAAAGCCAGCGAGGCAACACUGAGAGCCGGGUUGCCUCUGAACCUCACAUGUGUGUCUCCAGCCGGCCCGGGCUUCCAUCAGCAGUGGCUCCAUCCGAAAAAACAGGCUGUGGAUGCAGUUCAGCUGAAGCACACUCUUCCAGACCGGGUCAUCUACACCCUCAGUAUCCCAAAAGCCUCCGAUCAGGACAGUGGCACCUACGAGUGCUCGGUUACUAACGAGAACAACGGAGAGGUCAGGAUCGGCAGCGUGGCCGUCACUGUCUUCGAGGACAACUCCUUCGUGGCUCUGGAUCACAGUGGGAUUCUAGCGACAGAGUUUGUCAGCCUUCUGGAGGAGACGGAGUUCACCAUCCUAAUCGUGGGCGACCCGGCCCCCAAGGUGAUGUGGCUGAAAGAUGGAAAACCCAUUCCUGAGAACUACUACGUCCUCACCAAGACGAGCCACGUCCAAGGAAACCGGUAUCAGAGCAUCCUGAUGUUACGGCAGCCGCUGGUCAAAGACGACGGGAGCUACUCCAUCACAGCUGUGAGCGGCUCUCGCACCGCCCAGUUCUCCUUUAACCUCAGAGUGAAAGCCCCCACCUCGUCGAUGUUCCCUCCGUCCUCCGCUCCCGUGCUGCUGCCUCAGGUGGAGGAGCUGGUGGUGCCUCUCCACACUCCCUUCACGCUGACCUGUCGCGGGGAGGCGAGGCUGGAAUGGGAGACCCCGAUGGAUGUCCCCGAGAAGACGCAGGAGGACAACAGCGGCCUGUUCGUCACCACCAUCACUGUGGACAACGCCACCGUCAUGCACACGGGUUACUACAUCUGCUACUACAGCAGGAACGACACGGACGACGGCGAGGACAGUAGCAUCUACAUCUACGUGCCAGAUCCUGAUUUUCCCUUCGUGCCGUCGCCGGUGCCUUUUGGAAACCAUGUCCUCACCGACACCAGUGAAAUGGAGAUCCAAUGUCGAGUCUCGGAUCCCAGCGCUAACGUGACGCUCAUGAAUGUCGACACCCUGGAGCCCGUGCCCUGCGUCUACGACAGCAAGAAGGGCGCUCUGGGAGUGUUCACGGCUGGAACAUACGUCUGCAAGGCCGUCAUAAACGGAGAGGUGUACGACAGCGGGGAGUACAUCGUGCACGGCUGGACAGGCGGUGCAGCACUGCACGUCGAGCUGACGGCAAAAAGAACGGCCCUGCUCGUUGGAGACACGCUCACCGUCACCUGUCUCGCUCGGGGGUCUGAGAUCCUGGAGGAUCACUGGAAAUACCCGGGCAAACUGGUGAACCGUGCCGUCAAAACCGUACACGAGAACAAGAGGGAUCAGGAGAUCCUCUACACCCUGACAAUCCCUCAGGCUUCAACCAAAGACAGCGGCAUCUACUCCUGCUCCAUCACGGAUAUCAUGAGCAACGAGAGUCAGACGAAGCAGCUAGCUAUCCAGGUUUACGCCGGUGAAUUCCUGUCGAUCCGUCCUGAGUUCAAAGAGUACGAAUCUGCAGAGCUGGACGAGGUUCGAGAGUUCAAGGCACUGAUCAGCUCCUUCCCAAAUGCUCACGUCACCUGGCUGAAAGACGGCGUCCCGCUCAGCGACGUGACGGCAGAGAUCUCCACCAGCCUGCGACAGCUCAGCGAGACCAGCUACAUGAGCGUUCUCACCCUGAUACGAGCCAAGGAGGAGGACAGCGGGAACUACACCAUGCGGGUGGAGAACGGAGACCAGAGGAGCAGUGUAGGGUUGAUGCUGGAGGUCAAAGUGCCCGCAGUCAUCGUGGACCUGAUGGACAUCCACCACGGCUCGGCCUCGGGGCAGUCUGUGGUGUGCAUCACCAGAGGGCAGCCCACUCCGGUGGUGGAGUGGUUCGUCUGCAAGAACAUCAAACACUGUGCCAAUGACACGUCCUCCUGGGUGCCGCUCCCCGCCAACUCCACAGCGAUCACCAUGGACUCGCACAUGGACGAGGACGACAACCUGGAGAGCCAGGUCAUGUUCGGUCACCUGGAGAACACGCUGGCUGUGCGCUGCCUGGCCAGGAACGAGAUGGCGGCGGUGAGCAGGGAGGUCAAACUGGUGUCCAACGGCCCCCACCCUGAGCUGACUGUAGCCGCGGCCGUGCUGGUGCUGCUGGUCAUUGUCAUCAUCUCACUCAUUGUGUUGGUUGUUAUUUGGAAACAGAAACCUCGCUAUGAGAUCCGCUGGAGGGUCAUCGAGUCUGUGAGUCCAGACGGUCAUGAGUACAUCUACGUGGAUCCCAUGCAGCUCCCCUACGACUCCAGAUGGGAGUUCCCCCGUGAAAGACUCGUCCUCGGUCGUAUUCUCGGCUCCGGAGCUUUCGGGAAGGUGGUGGAGGGCACCGCCUACGGACUGAGUCGCUCCCAACCCGUCAUGAAGGUGGCAGUGAAGAUGUUGAAACCCACAGCUCGCUCCAGUGAGAAACAGGCCCUGAUGUCAGAGCUGAAGAUCAUGACCCACCUCGGACCGCAUCUCAACAUCGUCAACCUCCUGGGAGCGUGCACCAAAUCAGGCCCCAUCUACAUAAUCACAGAGUACUGCUUCUACGGGGACCUGGUCAACUACCUGCAUAAGAACCGAGAGAACUUCCUCAGCCUGAGCCCUGAGAAGAAUAAGAAGGAGCUGGAUAUCUUUGGGAUCAACCCUGCGGAUGAGAGCAGCAGGAGCUACGUGAUCCUGUCCUUCGAGAGCAGAGGCGACUACAUGGACAUGAAGCAGGCCGACAACACUCAGUACGUCCCCAUGCUGGAGAUGAGUAACGGCUCCAAGUACUCCGACAUCCAGAUGGAGUACGAUCACCCCCCCUCUCAGAAAGAGGGCGAGAUGGAUGACCUGCUGUCAGACGACAUGAAUGAGGGCCUGUCCACCACCGACCUGCUCAGCUUCACCUACCAGGUGGCCAAAGGGAUGGAGUUCCUCGCCUCCAAAAACUGUGUUCAUCGAGACCUCGCUGCCAGGAACGUGCUGCUCUCUCAGGGGAAGAUAGUGAAGAUCUGUGACUUUGGACUGGCCCGGGACAUCAUGCACGACAACAACUACGUCUCCAAAGGGAGUACGUUCCUCCCGGUGAAGUGGAUGGCACCAGAGAGCAUCUUUGACAACAUGUACACCUCCCUCAGCGACGUUUGGUCCUACGGCAUCCUGCUGUGGGAGAUAUUCUCCUUGGGUGGGACCCCGUACCCCGGGAUGGUCGUUGAUUCAAGCUUCUACAACAAAAUCAAGAGCGGAUACAGGAUGUCCAAACCAGAGCACGCUCCUCCCGACGUAUACGAGAUGAUGAUGAAGUGCUGGAACAGCGAGCAGGAGAAGAGGCCGUCCUUCUUGGGUCUGAGUGAGACAGUUGCUUCUCUGCUUCCCUCCAGCUACAGGAGGCACUACGAGAGGGUGAACCACGAGUUCCUGAAGAGCGACCACCCUGCUGUAACCCGGGUCUGCAUGGAGAACGACGACGCCUACAUUGGCAUCACCUACAAGAACCAGGGCAAGCUGAAGGACCGGGAGAGCGGCUUCGACGAACAGCGGCUGAGCUCAGACAGCGGCUACAUCAUCCCCCUCCCUGACCUGGACCCCAUCUCUGACGACGAGUACGGCAAGAGGAACAGACACGGCUCCCAGACGUCCGAGGAGAGCGCCAUCGAGACAGGCUCCAGCAGCUCCACCUUUGCGAAGCGUGAGGGCGAGACUCUGGAGGACAUCACGCUGCUGGAUGAGAUGUGUCUUGACUGUAGUGACCUGGUGGAGGACAGCUUCCUGUGACACCUGCCCCUCGCUGCAGAGCACACACAGAAAGGACGAGGGGUGUAAGGACAUGAGGAGCAACAGACUGAGACGUGUAAAUCUACCAAAGACUCUCCACCCUCGAUCCCUCCUCAGAACAAAACCACUUCACUGUGUGGACCAGUCUGUGGUGACUGUACGGUACACCCUUUACCUCCUGGACACUGCCCCCUGCUGGGCUGGAGGACGGAUUGUGACAACAAGGACUCACAGAACCACCGAGCCUGUGUGGGAUUUUUGUAAAGCUUUAUUCUUCGGGGCAUUCUUUAACAGCAACAUAAGCAAGAAGAGAGGAUUCAGCAUGAUGGUCAGCAGGAUAUCAUCCAUAGGGCAAACUUUAUCGAACCACUACAACGAGUCCAACAAGCAGCAGCAGCAGCAGCAGCUGCUCUCCCUGCUGCCAGAGAAGCACCUGAUGCUGGUACAAUCAGAAGCAAUGAGCACAGAAUCUUGACUGUGUGCAUUCUUAUGUAUAUGACCUUAUAAUGUCUGCAAAGGCUUCAUACGAGCAGUAAUCAAAUCUAUUUUUUUACUUCAGCGUUAUGUAAACAUGUAUGAUUUGUGAAUAGAUGUCGAGCAUAGCUGUGUGAAUGGUCCUCCACGGUGUCUCUUUUAAAGAUGUCCUCCUGAAGUCUUUCCUGUCUGAGACUGAAGUCAGCCAAACGAAGCGUGAUUGUAUUGUAAAUAGCUCCAGAGUUGUUUUAUAAGAGGAUUAUUGGGAUUAUAGGAUUUUAUAGAAGCACAUUUGGAGUUUCUGUGACCAAAUGACGCCAAUAUUUUUACUUACUUCAUCAUAACUAAAGCCUGAUUUGUACUUCUGUGUCGACUCGACAGCGUAGCCUACGCUGGAGGGCCACAUAGCUCCCGUACCUACACAGAUGCCUACACACAUAGCCAACGUGCACCUCCUCCAAAAUAUGACUAAAGUGACGCAAACCACAAGCCCUGUGAUUGGUCCGCAAGGCAGCAUUGUAUUUCACCUCCUCCUCUCUAUUCUUCAUGUAAUCAUGUCUGUAUGAUAAACAGCAACAUGUAUCAGCUGUAGAUUAACAUAACACGCUCUGAAUCGCUGUGGAAAAGUAAACAGAGAUCAUAGCGGGGCCAGAAGCAGGCGACCGGCUAUCAGAGAGACCGCACUGCCCUUAAGCGUUUCGGCGGAUAAUUGCUGCAUGUCACUGACCCAUCGAUGCACAAGUAUGUGGUGCUCAUGUCCGCGUCGGCACCGGCUGCGUAGGGGCGACGCAGAAGUAUAAAUCAGCCUUAAAGCAAAACACUAGCUUCUUGAAAAAGAUGCAUGGCAAACAAUCAGAUAAAAAUGUUCGAUGAUGAUUUAAUGAUUUCAUGCUGUAUCCACGUGCACGAGUUUUCCCUCCAGCUGUGGUGUUUUUAUGAUCUUUACGCCCAAAUAUGGAAAAAAACAUGAAGGCUGCUCAUAAAACAUGACGUGUUUAUCGCUCCAAAUCAUGUCAGGUGACGUUUACAACCUCAAACUAUAUCACUGAUAACAAAUGUGCCAAAACAGGAGUUGCAAAGUGUGAUUAAGUCUGAUAUUUUUUGACCAUGUUUCUGCAGAAAGUGAUGCACAUUUGUCAAUUUGGAAAGUUUGACAAAAAAGACUCAGAAACCUUUAAAGCCGUGCUUUUUGAAACAAGUUCAUCCCUCCUCUUCCUCCCUGAAGUCAGUUAUCAGGUUCUACUUUUCCUCAGACACAGACGGGCGAUAGAUUAAUGUUAAUCUGAUGUUAUACAUCAGAUAGAUUAUGUGUAGACUCUUCUAAUCCAUCUACUGUUCCAGCUGUGCCACUGCCAACUCCUCCUCCUCCUCCUCUUCCUCCUCCUCCUCCUCCUCCUCCUCCUCCUCCUGCACUUUGCUUUGGAUUCUGCAGAAGAGUUGAAGCUACAAAAGAGGAAAAGAAGCUCGCUCGGUGUCUGAGUCUGUGUGGAUGUGAAUGUGUGUGUCGUCGACGGUACAGUCUCUGUAAUCACACCCAGUAUGAUGAUUUAGUACGUUUCAUUAUUUUACAACAUGUACAUUCAGAUGAUUUAUAUUUCAAUAAAUGAUUUAUUAUGUAUAAAACAA